AUGAGCAAAGAUAAAAACUAUAGUUUUAUAAGAUAUUUUGAUAUAUUUGCGCCUCCUUAUUAUUAAAAAAUAAGUCAAGAUCAUUACAAAAAGAAAACAGUAAUUGGAGGAAUAUUUUCAAUUCUAUAUGUUUCAGUUUCUCUAGGUUACUUUUUGUAUCUUAUGAUUUACUUUUACUAAGGAAAAAUAGCUCCUAAAUUUACUUAAUUUGAUGAAGUUUAAGAUGAAGGAGUUGAUUAUGAAAUUAAUGCUUAAGAUAUAUUUAUUUCAAUAUACUAAGAUUAAGAAACUAAUUUAUUAGACAUUGAGUAAUAAAAUAAGGUAUAAUACUUUGAUAUCUUUCUGUAAAAUAGAGAUCGCUAAAUAAAUUCUUUCACUUAUGAUGGAUGCUUAAGAUUUGGAGAAUCAGGAGACAUACUUUUAUCUCUUAAAAGUGAUCCUAUGCCCUUAUAUGGAAAUAACAUUUAAAUUACAGUUAAAAAAUGCUCUGGCAAUUUUUUAAGAGAUUCAAGCUAUAGAUGUGCUUCUCAAUAAGAGGUAGACGAGCUUUUGUAAUAAGAUUUACCUUUAAUUUUAUACUUUAAAGGUAGUAAUUUUUCUAUUAAAAAUAAUGAGUUAAAACCAAGAAUAUUUUUAACUUACUCAACUAUUAGUAAAAACUUUUUACCUCUUAUUCAAAUUAAUGCCAAGAUGUAAAAUAUAGACGUUUAAAGAGGAUUACUCUUCUAAUCUACAUAGAAUUAUCAACAAAUAAUUGAUUUUAAUCAGAUAGUAGCAUAAAGUAGUAUAAACCCUGGUGCUGAUGAAGUUUAUAAUGACAUUUUAAUUACUUUAAAUAAUGUAGUGACUUAAACUUAAGUUUAAUAUCCAUUACUAUCAGAAGUAUUCGCAUAUGUGUGGGGAAUAGCUUCUAUGCUUUUGCUUACAGGCUAUGUUUUUAAAUCUAUUGCAUAAGCUACCUUAGCUUAAGAUUUUUUGGGAAUUCAACUUAAAUAUUACUACAAAAAAACAGCCAUUAGAUUAUUUGGUCAAUCUGACAAUGAAAAAUUAAAUAACAGCGUUAUAGAGUCGAAAUAAUCUGCUGAGGUAGUUUUAAAGCAAAACGAAGUUAUUUAAAAUGUCAGCUUUAAAAAAAACUUAAGGAAUUAUUUUAAAAUCUCCAAUUUUCAAAAAUGGAAGGUAUUUUUCCUACCAAGUUUUUGCUAAAAAAGAAGGAAAAAAUCCACAACAAAUUAAAAAUUGCUUGAUAUCUUGAUAAAAUAAACUAAUAAAGAUAUGUGCGUAUUUGAAAUGUAGAAAGAAUUUUUGAAAUUGAGAACUGCCAUCAAAUUACUAUUGACACCAGAAUAAUACUCAGCCAUUCAAAUGUGUGGUUGUGAUUUGAUUAAUGAAGAAUAAUUAAUUUCAAUGUAACUAAGAUAAGAAUAAGAAUAAAAAGAUGACUAAAACGAUAAUUAAGAGAAAGAUAUAAAUGAUAAAGAACUUUAUCUUGAUAUUUCUGAUAUUCAAGAGCCUUUAAACAAACCUUAACCUGAUCAUUCUAUAUUACAAAUAUCUAAUCAAAAGAAAUUAAAUCAUUUAGAAUUAAUGAACUAAGUUGAUACCGACAGACUUUAUCGAUAGGAAUGCUUAUAAAGGUUCUUAACAGAUAACUAAUAAAAUUAUAGUAGCGAUUAGCAAUCAGUAAAUCAAAGAAUAGUAAAUUGCAUAAUAGGAUAUUAAAGUAUUCCUUCUAAUAGAAAUAAGUAAAAUGAAGAAGCAGCUAAUAUUUUCUCUAUAAAUUAAAAUGAUAUAUAAUUGAAAAAUAAUAUUUCAUAAAAAGAUAAUUGA